GGGGGACUUGUCACCGAGCACACCGAGGAGCGGAGUCGGGUCCCGUGAAUUCCCAGGUUCCCUUUCCCCCCGUGCCAAGUGCCCAGUGCCCACAGCCACAGGCAGCACCAGCACUUUCGGAUGGGACGUCACUGUGGCACGCGUCACACCACACCCGAAGCUCUCGGGGUAGACGUGGCGCUGGACCCAAACCUGACCCUCGGCCUGUACCUACCUUGGCAUGGGUUGACGACGCUUCAACUCAAUCCAGUCUCUAAACGAACACGUCGCAUAACACGUUGCUCGAAGGGGUUUAUUUGCUAUCUCUCCCCGAAUCACUAUAUAUAUGGCGCGUUGUUAGCCAAAUAAGAAAACCUGAGGCUCUAGCUUUCUGCUGUACAAGACACAUUGUCAUUGCACCGCCACAUCUAGACACGAUGCCUACACCACUUGACAAUGCCAUGAGAUCCAGGAAUGCGGUACUCGCAUUCGGUGGCUUAGUCACAGCCGUAGCUGUCUGGGCCAUCUACGGCGGCGACAUGUUUCCCGCCGGGGCGGAUCCCACAGGCAACCCGGAAGAUUGGACCAGAGAGGAGAUGAGGAGAUGGCUCGCGGCGCGAAACUUGUUUCCGCAGGAGAACGACACGAGAGAGGAGCUCCUGGCACGAGUUUUGGCCAACAUGAGAGCUCCGAGACGGUGAGCCCUCAAUUUGGCUCUAUUGGAGGGCAAGUCUAGCUUUGCUUAAAACGAUU